AUGGUGCAAUCGGUAAUUUUGGAGAAAGCCACGUGCCCAAGCCGUGACCAUGAUAAAGAGCGUGUGGCUCUUGAGGCUGAGAUCAUUCGCAAGUGUCUUGGUCGUAACGAGACGCAGUGCUCGUUUGUGGAGUAUCGAGGCUACAAAGUCAUUUACAGACGAUAUGCAUCCCUGUUCUUCAUUGUUGGUGUUAAGGAUGACGAAUCGGAGAAUGAGCUCGGUAUUUUGGAGUUUAUUCAUGCUCUUGUUGAAACAAUGGACAAAUACUUCGAAAGUGUGUGCGAGCUCGAUAUCAUGUUUAAUUUAGAAAAAGCGCAUUUUAUUCUGGACGAGAUGGUCAUGAAUGGAUACAUCGUGGAGACGAACAAAAUUUCCAUUCUUAAGCCUAUUCACUUGAUGGAGAAGGCUUCAUAA